AAUCCAGCACUGUGCUCUACAGAUAGUAGGCAUUCCUUAGAGGUUAAUUGCCAUGGAAGAUGGUGUUGAUGUGUUAUUUUUGACCGGCCACCAUUUUCUAACACAACAGAAAUUCCAUAAUACAGAUGUGUUGUGAUUCUAUCAUAUUCAAUCAAAGACUUCAGAAUAAAAUUUUUGGCAAUGGCUAGAGCUAAGGCAAGAACUGAUCAGAUGUAGUUCAUUGUACUUUCAGUCAACAAGCUCUCAUUGAUCUUGGAGUUACUUUAAAGACCUGCUGAUUCUGUGGUCUUAGGGUCAUUGUGACCUCAAGCUGUAGCUAAAAUCAGUCCAGUCCAACAGGAAUUUCAAGAGCAGCAGCACAAAAAAAGAUGACUUAACUGAAAGGAACAAGAAGGUACACAUUUUCCAGAAGACCUCUUUAUUCUUAGAGUAGAAAUUUCCCUUCAAGAUGACAAGCAGUUCAAACUCUCCAGGAUCUUACUUGUCCUCAAAAACAAGAAGUUCUAAAAUAGAUGACAACUACUUGAAGGAACUGAACGAGGACUUAAAGCUGAGGAAGCAAGAACUACUAGAGAUGCUUAAACCUCAAGAAGAUAAGAACAACCUCUUAUUCCAGAAGUUAAUGUCUAACUUGGAGGAAAAACAAAGAAGUCUGCACAUCAUGAGGCAGAUCAUGUCAGGGAAGAGCGCUGAGGAAUCCUCAGUCAUGGAGCUCAUUAAAGAAGCAGAAGAGAUGAAGCAGAAUCUGGAAAGGAAAAACAAGAUGCUUCGGAAGGAAAUGGAGAUGCUAUGGAACAAGACAUUCGACACAGGAGAACUUGGUGAUCAACAAAAAGCACCACAGAUAAAAAACAAGGCAGACUUGCAGGAUGGAAAGGCUCCCAAAACCCUCUCAUCACCUAGGAAGACCAAGAAUGAACUGGAGACAUCUGCAGGGAAAGUGAAAGAGACAAGGAAGGAGAAGCAACAGAGGAAAAUGCCAUGGGGCAGGUAUCAGGAACAAGCCAACAUCCUUCAGAAUGACUUUUAUAGCAAAAUGUUUGAGCUGAGAAUGGAAGCUUUGAAGAACUACCAGAAGGCAGAUGACCUGAAAUUAUCACUGUACUUACAGCAGAAUUCUGAGACAAAGCAAGCAUUUUUUAAUCCUCCUGGAUCCCAAGGUACUAUGGGCGCCACAACCAUGGGCAGAACAAAAGGCAAAAAUGAAUCUAAUGGGCGAAUUCUGGGAUCAAAGACCUACACAGAACAACAAGGAGCUAAAGAAAGUCAGUUUGAUGGUCCAAGAGGGAGGCUCCUUUUUCUGAGGUCACUGCAGGAUGAAGCUCCGAAGGAAUAGAAAGCUUUCACUCCAUUUGCUUUGGACAGAUUUAAAGACGAGGUACAGCCAAUGGUGUUAAUUAAAAUCUCUCAAACCUUUG